AUGAGCACAACCCAGCCAAACACUGAGCCCCUGGAGGACUCCGCAAAAGACCAGGAAGCCUUUGUCAGAGUGCACAAUCCGCCUAAGGUCUACCCUACUGGGUACGUGAAACGAGAAGAAGCCGACCCACUGCCCUACUACACCGUUGGCGGGGCAGGCACCGACUACGCGCCGGACCAUCCCUCAGCCAGUAAGGUGCGUCAGACCUCCCGGUACCACAGUGUGCCGCAUCUGGUGCCGCACUGGCGUAAAGAGGGCCUCAUCCUGCAGUCGCCCCUAAUCCACGAUAAGGAGGCAGCCCGGCUUUACGCUGAAUUGAGCCUCUUCUCCGGCAGCCGCAUCUUU